AGUUGUACGAAUGAAUUCAUAAAAACCUCUCUCUCCCCAGGUUAUGUAUGGGACAUUGGUGGCUGUUCUAGUCCUACGUUCUGUAUAUAUAGUGUUAUGGGUUUACCCCUGGCUCAAAGGGCUGGGAUAUACAUCCCUGACUGUUUUUUUGCUGGGCUUCUUCCUUUGGAAUGUAGACAAUAUUUUCUGCGACAAAUUACGGGGGUUGCGUGAGAGGCUGCCUCCGCUCGUGGGUGUCGUAACACAGUUUCAUGCUUGGUGGCACAUUUUCACAGGGCUCGGCUCCUACCUUCAUAUCUUGUUCAGUUUAUAUUCCCGGACACUUUACCUGAAAUACAGGCCAAAGGUCAAGUUUCUCUUUGGGAUUUGGCCCGUUCUCUUAGUAGAAUCAACGAAGAAGCCGUAAGAAGCACACUAGCCAAAUGGGAAUGGCCACCAGCCUUGAAGACCUUUGACUGCCACAUUGGAAGUUCUUGGCACUGCAAAGUGAUUUUUUUUCUUUCUGUCUCUACUCCUGGAACAAUGGAGAAUCACAAAGGAUCAAGCACCGCUGUGUCUUCAGAGGCCAUGAUUGGAGGUUUUCCUUGUGUUUGCAAUGUUAAAGCCAUAUCACCACAUUUAUGUGUUUGAAAGCUGGUGAUCCUGGUCUGGUGUGAUGUGCCAGGCACAGGCAACAGCUGUGCUUUUUUCUCCAGAGUCAUUCCUGAGGUUUUCCUUUGACUGAUUAGACAUCCAAUCCAUGGUUGGUACCAAAUACUUCCAGCUGGAUCAUGAAACACGCUGGAGCCAAAAGAAGACAAAUGCUCCACUGGAUAUUCUAAGAGACUCCGUAUUUCUCGCCUCAUUAUUGGUGUCUUGUAAUGGGUUAGGGAGAAUGAUAGCCUGUCAAUUUUUCAAUAUCAGCUUCUUUUGCGAAUCCUUCCCAAACCUGUGCCUUCCAAAUGUGUUGAGUUAAGGGGAGGUUGUUAGCCAACACUUCCAGGGAGCGUCAGACUGGGCAAGAUUGCUUUAAUGAAGCCCCUCUUCCAGAGUGGUGCUCUUCAGAUGCUCUGGGCCUUCAGCUCCCAAAUUCUCAGCCAGCCUAACCAAGAGGCUUGCUGGCAGGGAAUUCUAGAAGUUGGGGUCCCAACAGGAAGUUCCCCAGAUUGGGAAAGCCUAGCUCUAAAUGGAGGUAAGAUGGAAGUGUUCUUUUAACUCUGUGUGUGUGUGUGCCAUUCCCAGUGAAGAAUGUUGGCUUCAAAUUAUUUUCCUCCAGGGAACUUCCAAGGGAGUUUUGAAAUAUGUUGAUCAGUCUGAUAGCAGAAAUUGCCUUCUUAGUUUCCUGAGACACUAGUAAAACAGUAUUAGCUGGUGUAAUGUGACUCAAGGACCCUUCAAACUAUGGACAGAGCUGCUGAGAGACACUCCCCAAUCUUUCUGUUCUUUGAAAGAUUUGGGACUGAUGUGGAAGCAUAAUGUUAUUUACAUCCACUCUUGCUAGGUAUUGUUGUACGUAGGUCAGAGGGAGAAGCCUACUGAAUACGCAACUUUGAGAUGUAAAAUUUCCAUUCCUAAACAAAUGUAAUCAAGAACCAAUGCUUUUUUUGUUUUUAAUACAUGUGACUGCCAGACACCCUGUAUUUCAGAUGUGUAGAAUAAAUAUCAGCCUAUCCUUGGCCACUGAUUGUUGAAUCAC